UAGAAGUUAUUCUCGUCCAACCAAUUGGCAUCUAGUCUAUAUAAACUACAUCUUGGGGGAUCACAUUCAACAGUAUCAUCAUAUUGCCUCUUCUCCUCUGAAUAAUUUUAAGUUAUUCAUGGAAGAUUUCCAAGUUUAUCUAGUUUACUUUUUCAUUUCCCUCAUUCCAACCAUUAUCCUAGGAGCCUUAUACAAAAGUCGAACCCCCUCUGGCCUUCCACCCAGCCCUCCUAAAAUUCCAGUCAUUGGUCAUCUUCACCUCCUUGCUCCGAUACCACAUCAAGCUCUGCACAAGCUCUCGAGGCGUUAUGGACCUUUGUUCCAUAUUUACCUUGGCUCCAAGCUUUGCCUUGUUGUCUCGUCGCCUGAAAUGGCCAAAGAGUUUCUUAAAACAAACGAGGCAACUUGGUUAAACAGGCCUCAAACUGAGGCCCUAGAUUACCUAACAUAUGGUUCACAAGACUUCGCUUUUGCUACUUAUGGACCAUACUGGAAGUUCAUAAAGAAACUAACUAUGUCUGAGCUUCUUGGUGGUCAAACUCUUGGCCUUCUGCAAUCUGUAAGAGUCCAAGAGGUUGGGAGUAUGGUGAAAGAAAUUUUGAAAAAGGCGGAAGCUGGAGAGACUAUUGAUGUUGGAUCCCGGCUAGUGAGGCUCACAAACAAUGUUAUUUCAAGAAUGCUAAUGAGAAAGAGAAGCUCAGAGAAUGAGGAUGAAGCUGGAGACAUUACGAAAUUAUUCAAAGAGGCAACUGAAAUUUCAGGUAGGUUUAAUGUUUCGGAUUAUAUAUGGUUUUGCAGGAAUUUGGAUUUGCAGGGAAUCAGAAAGAUCUUUGUGGAUAUACGCGCAAGGUUUGACAACAUGGUGGAUAGGAUUAUAGAGGAGCACUUAGACGUGAAAAGGAAGUGGAAAGAAAAUGGCGAUGGAGGACAUGCAGAGAAAAACUUGCUCAAUAUCUUACUUGAUAUAUCAGAAGACCAGAGCCGUGAGAUUAAAUUAAGCAGAGAGCACAUCAAGGCUUUCAUGCUGGAUGUGUUUUCCGGUGCAACAGAUACUUCUUCCCUGACAUUAGAAUGGGCACUAGCACAGCUAAUAAACCAUCCACACAUCAUGGAAAAAGCGAGGCAAGAAAUAGAUACUGUUGUUGGAAAGAACAAACUAGUUGAAGAAUCCGAUAUCACCAAUCUCCCUUACCUUCAAGCUAUUGUAAAAGAAACACUGCGACUUCACCCUCCUGGUCCACUAGUAGCAAGAGAAGCCAGUAAAGAUUGUAUCGUCGCAGGCUACCACAUACCAGCCAAGACUAGACUAUUUCUUAAUCUUUGGUCUCUUGGCCGCGACACAGACUACUGGGAAAAUGCACUUGAAUUCAAACCCGAAAGAUUUUUCCUGACCAGUGAAGAUAUAAGGAAUGGAAAGAGUCCGCCGGAUAUUAAAGGGCUGCAUUUUCAACUGCUGCCAUUUGGCAGCGGACGAAGAGGGUGUCCAGGAAUGUCACUAGCAUUGCAGGUUGUCCAUACAACUCUUGCUGUAUUGAUACAAUGUUUUGAGUGGCAAGUAAAAGGUGAAAAGCACAAUGGUGAGAACACUGUCAACAUGGAAGAACGUUUGGGUUUGACACUCUCCAGGGCUCAUCCUUUUCUUUGUGUUCCGGUUGCAAGGCUUGAUCCAUUUCCAUCCAUUUAAAGGGCUGCUGUCCAUAGUUAUGCUAGCUGAUACAUGUUAUAAUCAGCAUGCCUUAAUAUGCUAAAAUAAAUCUAAUAAGUUGGCAACCAAAUUGCUUGGAUUGUCCCCUGCAGCCUGUUGUGAUUAUACCAACUACUUGUAUGCUUUCCCUGCAUAUUUUAUUUUUUCUGAAUUAAAGAUAAAAAUAAAUUAUCACAGAUUUUGUGUAAUA